UUGUUUGUUUCAGCGUAGCCAGCUGCCGGACUGUUCCAAUCCCCGCCGGAGUGGAAAUACGGGGGGAGGCAGACAGUCCUCUCUUUUCUCCCUUUCCCGUUUUUUUUACCUCGUUGUGCUUUGCUUUUUUUUUUAUUUCACCCUUGCUUCUCUGUACCUAUCUCUCUCUCUCUCUUCCAUUCUUUCCCUUUUGCAGUGCACAACUUUUCCUUUUCCACCCUCCUUUUCCGCUUCGUUUGAAGGUUCUUAGUAAACCCGGUCCAUUUGGCUUACAGCUCUAGUUAUUUAUUUAUUUAUUUAUUUAUUGUUUUCGGCUUCUUUUUUUUAACCCCCAUUUUUUAAUUAUUAUUAUUUUAAUUUUGUUUUUCAUUUAGAAAUUAAAUAUACCUACCUACAUGGACACUCUGGAGUAGAAUUAGCCGUUUAUUUGUUUUUAGCUGUGUCCCCAAAUGAGAAGACGCAAAAGAUGGAACUGCACAUUUUAGAGCACAGCCUGAAAGUAGCCAGUAUAGCGAAAGAAGGUAUCCAGAUUUGCACUCACGGAUUAAUUAAACUCGCUUUCCUGCCUUCAAAAACAAGAUGCAAGUUCUUCAGUUUAACCGAAACCCCCGAGGAUUACACCAUCAUAGUCGACGAAGACGGCUUUAAAGAACUGCCCGAGUCAGAGUAUCUCAGCGUAGCGGAUGCAACAUGGUUAGCUCUCAACGUGGUGUCGGGGGGCGGCAGCGCCACCAGCUCUCAGCCAAUCGGCGUCACCAAAAUCGCCAAGUCCGUCAUCGCCCCCCUGGCCGACCACAACAUCUCCGUCUUCAUGCUGUCCACCUACCAAACGGAUUUCAUUCUGGUCCGAGAGAGGGAUCUCCCCAUGGUCAUGCACACGCUGUCCUCCGAGUUCACCCUCCUCAGGGUGAUCAAUGGAGAGACGGUAGCCGCCAACUGCUCGGGAGUCACCAACGGUUUCGUCAAACCUAAACUCGUCCCACGUCCCAUCAUUCACCCUCUCUCCAGUCCCAGUAACAUGUUCUGCGUGACAAGUCUGGACCCAGACACACUGCCCUCUGUGGCCACCUUGCUCAUGGACGUCAUGUUCUACUCAGGAGGAGGGAAGGAGGCAGGAGCACAGAAUGAGGAUUCGGGACACAUCCGCUUCUUCUCCUUCUCCCUGAUCGAGGGCUACAUCUCCCUGGUUAUGGAUGAGCAGACUACUCGAAGGUUCCCCAACAAUGUCCUCUUUACCAGUGCUUCGGGAGAGCUUUGGAAAAUGGUUCGCAUAGGAGGACAGCCUUUAGGAUUUGAUGAAUGUGGGAUUGUGGCCCAAAUAUCGGAACCUUUGGCGACAGCUGACAUUCCAGCCUACUACAUCAGCACCUUCAAGUUUGACCAUGCUCUGGUUCCAGAGGAGAACAUCCAGAGUGUGAUCGGAGCCUUGAGGACCAAUGAGAGCACAGGACAGUGAGAUCGGACAUGAGCCUCUCCUGAGUCCCUGCUAGAUUAUCAUUUUCAAAAGUGCCAAGAGCUUUUUGAGGACUGCUGUUGGGAGGGGGGUGGAUGAGAAUGAAAGGUGUGUGUGUGUGUGUGUGUGUGUGUGUGUGUGUGAGAGAGAGAGAGAGAGAGAGAGCCAGCUGGGUUGCUUUAGUUGCACUCUCCCACUUUCAUUAGACUGACUGUGCCAAUACCUGUCCCUCAGCCUCCUGGCCCAGAGUGCAUCCUUUUCUACAGGGACCCUCAGCUAGUGUGACUGCAGUGUUAGAUUUUUCUCCUUUCUUCCCUUCUGCCUUAUACUUUACUUUCUCCAGACCCCAGUUCACCAUGACAACAAGGCUUACUGAGACGUGGGCUGGGAUAUCUUUUUUUUUUUCUUUCCCCUGAUUCAUUGCAAGUAACCACAAUGUAUUAGCAACUGGUCCUCUUUAAUAGAAGGCCAAGAAUGUACACCACAAAUGUUUGUUUAAACGUCCGUUUCGUUGCUCAUCCCUUGUCUCGUACCGUGCCAAGUCACUUUAGGCCUAAACUGACUCCCUGAGUGUGUGGGGUUUAUUUAUUUUUUUUUGGUUUUUGGCGUGCAAUUUGAAAAGCGAUUGUUUUAAAUAACGAUAUGGCUUGAUCACAAGUUUAAUUUCUUAGAAAGCUUUUGUCAUCUGUUUGAGAAACUGGUUUUGUUUUUCAUUUGCCCCCGUUUCACCUAAAGCCCGUGUUCUCGUUUUCAAGUUAUGAAUAAGUUGUUGUUUUUCUUGUAUCCAAACUACAAUCAAUGGGUUUCUGUGCUCCAGCUCCGAGGUGGCGUCAGUCUGGUGGGAGGGGUGGAGAUUUAUCAGAUUGGAAUCAAACACAUCACAACUGAUCCGGCUCUUGUUCUUUCUUUUCUGAAUAGAGUUGGUUGGGGGAUUUAGUCGCUCUCACUUUUUAAAAAAAAAAUUUCUUUUCAACCGAAAAACUACAGAAUGGAUUGCAAUUUACUGUACACUUUUUUUUUUGUGGACAUUUUCUUCCCCUUUUUCACAUGUGAAGCUGUCUUGCUUUAUAACUGAAAAGAGAGAAAUGGCACGCAAUACUUUAGCUUCUUUACUAAGUUUUUACCUCUCAGCAUUUUUCAAAAGACAAGACGUAAGGAAUUACAGUCCUUCAUUGAAUGUUAAUUGGGGGUCUAAGUGUUAAAGGACACUGGCGUUAGUUUAGGCCUUCAACUCUCUCACCCCAGUCUGCACUUUAUUUAAGGUCUUUCCUAAAGAUCUUACUGUUCUUACUGAUGUGAAAAAAAAGUGGGGAAGAAUAAUCGCUCCUUGGAAGGAAUCUCUUUUUUUAAAGGGUCAUAUUUGUUGGUCUUAACGCACGAAUGGAUGGGGGUUUUUUCCCCUUCGCGAGCUUUUUCCUUUCUUCUCCCCCCCCCCCCGCCCCCCUGUUAGAUCUGAUUAGCAGAACCCAUGUAUUUAUCAGUGUUAAAAAUAAAAGGGUGACCUAUUUCUUCUCUGACCAUUAAAGAAAUGAAAACAAUAUAUUUUUUUCCCCAUCGUG